AUGGUCUGUGGUGCUAGCGGAACCGGUAUGUUUCAAAGUUCGACUACCUGGCCACUGUUCCCCAUACUGACCUGGUAUCUCCUUUGCACAGGACGUACAACUUUUGUCAACACCCUUUGCGGAAAGAAAGUCCUUGAGAGCAAGGAUGCCGACGAUGCUGCCAGCGCUCACAUUGAGGAGGGUGUUCGUAUCAAGCCUGUCACAGUCGGUAACUUUGGUGAAAUCGUCGGAUACCUCGAACGCCAAUAUGACGAUAUUCUUGCUGAAGAAUCGCGAAUCAAGCGUAACCCUCGCUUCAGGGACAACCGUGUCCAUGUCCUCCUCUACUUUAUCACACCCACAGGUCACGGCUUGCGCGAGUUGGAUAUCGAACUGAUGAAACGUCUUUCUCCUCGUGUCAAUGUCAUCCCCGUUAUCGGAAAAGCCGAUUCCCUCACCCCUGCCGAACUCGCCGAGUCCAAGAAGCUCAUCAUGGAGGAUAUUGAGCACUACCGCAUCCCUGUGUACAAUUUCCCCUACGAUAUUGAGGAGGAUGAUGAAGACACAGUCGAAGAGAACGCUGAGCUGCGUGGGCUUAUGCCAUUCGCGAUUGUCGGCUCUGAAGAUUUCGUUGAGAUUGAUGGACGGAAAGUGCGGGCCCGGCAGUAUCCCUGGGGUGUUGUGGAGGUUGAGAAUCCCAGACACUCCGACUUCUUGGCUAUUAGAAGCGCUCUGCUUCACAGCCAUCUCGCAGAUUUGAAGGAGAUCACCCACGAUUUCCUCUACGAGAACUAUCGUACCGAGAAGCUGAGCAAGAGCGUGGACGGUGCUGCUGCUGGUCACGAUUCCUCUAUGAACCCCGAAGAUCUUGCAUCUCAAUCAGUCCGCCUCAAGGAGGAGCAACUCCGUCGUGAGGAAGAGAAACUUCGCGAGAUUGAGCUCAAGGUGCAGCGUGAGAUCGCCGAGAAACGCCAGGAACUAUUGGCCCGCGAAAGCCAACUCAGGGAGAUCGAAGCCCGCAUGGCACGUGAGGCCAGCCAGAACCAAAUGGCCCUUCAGCCCGAGGCUGCCAACGGAGAUGCGUAA